GAGAAGAAUAACGAGAAGAGAAGACGGAGGAGAAUGAGAACCAGGAGAACGAUUAACACACAACCAUGAUCAAUGUUCUCUUGUUCUCCUUUCCAUAUCCAUCUCUUCCACAUGUCCUAUUCCUCGUACUCCUCCUUCUACUCCUCUUCCAUGGCCAACACGUCACAACAACAACAACAAACAACAACAGACGCAAAAUCAAGCCCUGCCGAACCCCAGAACAAGCCCCCAGCCUUCAACAGCCUCCUCAGUGGUCCAAGAUUCUGCGUUGAUGUGGGCGGGGGCCGUCACCAUACUCCGGAGAGGGCUGGCGCGGGUGUGAGGGGCGUGCGUUUGUGUGUGUGUGUGUGUCUGUCGCUGCGUCAGGAACUCGGGCCCACCACCACCACCUCCACCACCAGCGCCGCCAGACCCGCCGCCGCCGCACAACUCGGGCCAGUGUGCGAGCGGGAGUGGUCGUGGGUGGACGGGGUGUUGCACGAUCGAUCUCUGGCCUCAACGGCAUUCCCUUCCCUCGUCGACGGUGCACAAGGAUCGACUCCCACCUCUUUGGAUUACUUGGUCUUCCCUCAUCACCACCACCGGGAGUUUGGGUCAUUCUCCUCACCACUACUGCAACAACAAACUCCUGACUGCAACUUUCGAGGCUACUACUGCUACUACUACUACGACCGCUACUACUACUAUUGCCAUCAUCACCGUCAUCAUCUCCAGCCACAAGCAAGCUCGCCCGGACGUCCGCUCCCACUGCCAAAAAAACACGAAUCCACCCGCGCCGCCGGUGGGGCUCACGGCUUGGCUGCGGCAGACGGCGGCCGCCACCCAGGUGAGUGGAUCGCUGCGGCCACAUACUGCUCUACCUGGGCUGAGGUGAUGUGAGGGGCGCGGGCCUCCGCCAGGCGGGGCCGUGAUGACCAGUGGCCAGCACUAGCCUGGACCAGCGUUUGAGGACGACAGCGACGCUGAGGCUGAGGCGCGGCGGAGGCUUGUGGGAUGCAGGAGGUGGGCUCGGGGCGGCCUGAGCCAGAGUGACUCCUCAGCCAUGCGUCCCCCGGGCCCGCUGCUGCUGCUGCUGGCCGCCGCCGCCACCAGCGCCGGCGACGAAUGUCCGCAUAUCUGCACCUGCAAAUGGAAGCAAGGGAAGCAGACAGCUGAGUGUCGCCAAAAGAAUCUACACACGCUACCCCCUAAAAUACCCCCGGCGAUGCAGGUGCUCGACCUCUCCAUGAACAUCAUCCAGCGGCUGCCGCGUCGAGCCUUUGCCAAGGAAGGGCUGACGAACCUGCAGAGAAUCUUUCUGAGGAGGUGCGAGCUGGUGCAGAUCGACAACGAUGCUCUCCUCGAGUUGACCAACUUGGUGGAGCUGGACCUAAGUGAGAACCGUUUGCGAAGCAUCCCCAGCCUCAUCUUCCGCCACACACCUGAGCUACGAGAAUUGUUGCUGCGCAAAAACUCCAUCCAGAUGAUUCCCGUGGACGCUUUUGACAACCUGGCUUCCCUCAGGACACUUGACCUCUCCCACUGCUACAUCAGCAGCAUCGCCGCCCGCGCCUUCGAGCCCCUCAGAUUGCUGGAAAAACUAAAGCUGGCCUUCAACCGUCUGACGGAGCUGAGGCCGCGUCUGGUGGACAGCCUAAGUAAUCUGCACGAGCUGACGGUACACAACAACCCCUGGAACUGUGACUGCCGCCUCAGGAAGCUGCGGAAGUGGCUGGUGGAGAAGAACGUGCCCUACGAGGUGUCUCCUGUGUGCGCUGAGCCCAAGCGUAUUCAGAACAGAACCUUCGAUGAGAUGGGCGAGCAGGAGUUUGCGUGCAUCCCGGAAAUACUGCCCAACGUGAGCGAUAUCGUGCGCGGGGCAGCGGGCGGAAAUGCGACGGCGUGGUGCCCGGUGGGGGGGUUGCCCACGCCGCAGGUGACUUGGUUCGUGCGUGAUGUUGUGGUGCACAACGAGUCCCUUCUCGGUGACAAAGGCCCGCGAGUCUUCAUCAUCAACAUUGCGCGGCGGGAGAGAGGGAGCCUCCUGCUGCUGGCAGGCGUACGGGUUGAGGACUCCGGCACCACUAUCCGCUGCGACGCAACUAACGCCGCCGGCACCGCCUCUGCGUCCUUCCAGCUGCUGGUGACGCCCGGCUCCUCCCUCGCGUUCUCCAUUGACAAGGUCGUGGCCGUAUCCUCGGUGGUGGCACUGGUGGUGUUUGUGAUAGUGGUGGUGGUGACCGUCCUGGAGCGCCGCCGCCGUGCCAGCAGUGCCGUGCCCGUCAAGACCGUCACCGUCACCGUCAACGGGGCCACGGAGACACGGCUCACCAACCUGCCCUACACACCCUCGGCCUUCGUGGGCGGCUCGGUGGUGUACACCAAGGACAACCCCAACUUGCUGUGCGAGGGGGACCAGUCUUCUGAAGGCGAGGCGGCAGACUGCUGCACCACGGACGAGGAGAGUCAGCACUCCAUGUGCAGCGCCGGGCCACGACUCGGGGGUCACAGCCGCAGCCUGGAUGGCGACAAGGCUGCUCUGGGCUGUCCCUUCGACGCUGUGUGGGAACCGGAGCGCGUGCAGGCCAUGCUGGACUCCGCGGCACCCGAAAACGUAAUGCACUCCUCGCUGCACGAACCGCUGGCGCCAAGCUGUAACGCCAUGGUGCAGCAGCGGUUGUUGUCCUCCUCGCAGCGACACCUCAACCACCGGCUGUCCUACCUGCCGGACUUCGCGCCAGACUACUCGGCGAUGUACUCCUUCAGCCAGGUUGGGCCCGGCCAGACCUUCCCUACACCCAUCCCACACUACGGCACCAUCCCACGCUCUGUCAAGGUGAGAUCAUGCGCCCCCGGGGUCAUCCCCGGGGACGGCACGCCCCCCAUGAACCACCAAACGCGGGCGUGGAACUACGGGUCCGGGAACGUCACUCUGUCGUCGCAAGAGCGGCGGGGCAGCGGCACCUUGCUGUUCUCUGCCCCCGCACCGACGCCCACCAGUGCCUGUCUGCCGCCGCAGCCCCUCCACGGCCACGGCAACAAACUGAACCGCAUCACCGCGCGAGACUCCCCGGACGAAGGCUACCAGGAAGGGGCAGACGUCUAGCAGCGCGCCCCCUCACGCCUCGGCCGCAAGGCUGAGGCCAAGGGGGCUACGCCCUGAACAGCGCCGACGGUGCUGAGGGGCAGCAGCAGCAGCAGCAGCACACAAGGGCGUGAGGGGCCGCGGCUGGCCGGACGAGGGCCCAGGGCGCGGCUCGUCGUGGGUCAAGAGCUUCCAGAGGAUCCAAUGGCACCGUUGGUGGUGCCCUUGUACAUAACGAGUCGAUGUUUACAGGUAACCUGAUACUCGCGGCCUUAUAGUCGCGUAGCCUGGUAUUCACUCCCUUCCCCGGCGUGACGUCACAGUGAUCGAGACACUUUUUAUUAUGUCUUACAAUUAUAAUCAACAUUAACGGUACAUUAUACAGUAUUUAUGUGGAUGUUACCUCCAGGCGACACUUUCACCGGUGAGUGUGCGAAGGGCUGUGCCGAGGAGCACUCCGCCCCUCCUAUUCCACACUCCCUUCCCAUUCCCCUACCUCCCCUUCCUUUCCCUUCCCUUCAUUGUCUUCUGAUGCAUCUCUUCACUCUCUCUCUCUCUCUCUCUCUCUCUCUCUCUCUCUCUCUCUCUCACCCCAGGACGCGUCAGGGUGUCCAGGUCGGCUCCCUGACCGUCACAGCCUUAGCUCUCUCUCGUUUGGAUGGGCUCGGCGCAUCACACUCAGUCACUCAGUAGCGCGGAACGGUGUGCUAGGCCUCAAGCGAUGUGUGGGUGGACAGUGUUGUUAGUUGCACACACACACACACACACACACACACACACACACACACACACACACACACACACACACACACACACAUCAACAAAGCAGGAGACACAGUAUAAGUAGGCUAGGUAAGCGGGGAUGGGGAAAGUUUCGAUUUUAUUAUACAUCAUGUCAUUCCUUCGUGUCCUCUUUCUCCUCCUCCUCCUCCUACCCCUCCUCCACCUCCAUCUUCUCCUUCUCCUUCUCCUCCUCCUCCUCCUCCUCCUCCUCUUCUUGUCUGGAGGGAUCAUUACGCCAUCCUUCUGUUAACACCUGUUUUCUCUCUCUCUCUCUCUCUCUCUCUCUCUCUCUCUCUCUCUCUCUCCUAUAAAUGCAUUUCCUUUCACUUUUAUUCAGUUUGUUUGUUUGUUUUCUUUUUCUUGUUCUUGUUCUUUUGGGAGAAGUGGCUUGUCCUCCUCCUCCUCCUCCUCCUCCUCUAAUGUUUCCUUCUCUUUCUCUACCGACUCCUCUCUUUCUUUCUACUCUUCCUUCUCCACCUCUUCUUUUCUUGCAUUUCUCCUUGUUAUUGUUUUUUUUCUUAUUCUUCUUCGUUCCUCCUAUUCCUCCUCCUCUUCCUCCUCCUCCUCCUCCUCCCGCUAAGGUGUCUGUGCCCCUCCUCACAGGUAAUUAAAGGUGAAGGGCCCUCCACACCCCUUACCGGGAGGGCGAGAGUGAGUGCGAGCGAGAGUGGGAAAGUGGCGUUAUAAGAGAGAGAGAGAGAGAGAGAGAGAGAGAGAGAGAGAGAGAGAGAGAGAGAGAGAGAGAGAGAGAGAGAGAGAGAGAGAGAGAGAGAGAGAGAGAGAGAGAGAGAGAAUGAUAGAAAGAAAAAAAAGUAAGAAAAAGAAAGAACGAGAAAGAAGAAAAGACAGGAAAAAGUGAUAGAAAGAAAGAAAAAAGAAGAGAGAGAGAGAGAGAGAGAGAGAGAGAGAGAGAGAGAGAGAGAGAGAGAGAGAGAGAGAGAGAGAGGCAAAUAUAA